AUGAUGGUGAAUCACAGAAUGGGUUUCACAAGGCCUUGGCUUUAUUGCUGUUUCUAUUAGUUAGUGUCCUAGUGUUUUAUGUUUUCUGGAGUGGAAUACCAAGUCGUCUAGAUGGAACUACAAAUAGAGCUGCUGAAAUUCUGCAAGUGUUUCGGGCCCGGAUGGAGGAGCUAAAAAAUACUUACCAAGGUCAGGACCAAAAUCUGUGGAGAAGAGCUCAUGUGUUCUUGGAGAAACGUCUUAAUACUUCCCACCUGCACGUGAGACCUGCCAUCUUGCUCUUCACAGCUGGCCGAGAAGCUGAGAAGGUCCUGAGGUGCCUGAGUAACGAGAUUGCCAAUGCUUUUGCCUCCUCCCAGAAUGCUACCACCAUCGAAAUCGAUGGGGCAGAAAAAGCUGUGUUGGAUAGUGACGUUGCAAAGCAGGAGGUAGAUGAUGAGCUCAGCUCUGGGUUCACAGAAGGCAAGAAGGUGGCAGUGGUGCACCGAUUUGAGCUGCUGCCUGCAGGCUCCACCUUGAUCUUUUACAAGUACUGUGACCAUGAAAAUGCAGCCUUUAAGGACGUGGCCCUUCUGCUGACAGUUCUGCUGGAUGACCAGUCACUGGGAAAGAGCCUCACCUUUCAAGAAGUCGAGCAGAAAGUCCGGGAUUUCCUCUGGGACAAGUUUACCAGUCCAGGUGUUCCUAGUUCUUUUAAUGACAUGGACACAGACAAGCUGAGUGGACUGUGGAGCCGGAUAUCGCAUCUCGUGUUGCCUGUGUGGCCUGAAAAGGGUCUCCCUGUGGAGGGAUGCACAUAA